AUGCGCAGACAACAAUCUGCAAAGGCGGCACUGCUUCUUGCUGCUGUAGCACUGAUUAGGUGUACCACUUUCAUCACACCAAGCAACGACUCGAACCGUCGUGAUUUCUUACAAAAACUGGCAGUGGGAUUGACAGUAGCCACGGUGGAUUCAAGCGGUGCUCCUGCAGCACAUGCCGCUAUUGCACGAUGGUCUGGUCUCUAUGACGAUCCCAAGCAUCCGGGCUGUGAGCGUGCGAUCACGAAGGAUGGCGGCGAGUUUGUGAUCUCCGGGACAAGCGCAGCAGACGGCAGCAAAGAAUGCGCCGAAGACGGCCCGACCAAGCGAUGGUAUUUGGUUGCUCAACCAGGAGAAUCUUCCGAUGAGCUGAUAAUUGAUUUUUCGCCCAAAGGAGGGCCAAAGGAUGCAGUUGCCAAGCUCGAUGGCGACGGCAUUGUUUUUCCGGAUGGCAACAGAUGGUCCAAGAUCAAGCGCAAACCCGGAGCUGCAGCUGGAACAUACUUGGAUGGUCCGGCUUCGCCACUUUCCAAGUUUGCCAAAGGAAAGGUACCACAAUAG